AUGUGCCACCACAUCAAGCCCGAUUCGGUCGAUUCUUAUCUUUCCGGUAUUUGCAACCAACUCGAGCAUCUUUUCCCCAACAUCCGUGCGGUUCGCCACGGCCAUCUUGUCGCACGCACUCUCGCAGGUUGUAAAAGGAUGUUUAAUUCCCCACCUAACCGAAAACGCCCUCUCGAGAUCGAGGACUUGCAGUUGCUCCUACAGGUCUUCCUGCCCAAUUCCCAUGAUAAUCUCCUUUUCAGGGCAAUUCUUCUCUGCGGCUUCUUCGCCCUUCACCGUCUGGGCGAACUUACAUAUCCUAACAACCCUCGCCUUCACAGCAGCCGCAAACUCAUUCGACGCUCAUCCGUCCUGCUAACGAGCUCCUCCUGCACCUACAUCUUACCGUCCCAUAAAGCUGACCGCCUCUUCCAAGGCAGCACUAUCAUCUUUGCCACCCAAAACGAUGACAUAGACCCGGUGCAACCUUUCGCAUCCUAUCUUACCUCCCGCAAUCAGCUUUUCCCGUAUCACCCCGCGCUCUUUAUAGCCUCCGACGGCACCGUACCUACGCGCUCCUGGUUUAUCUCCCGCCUACGCACCUACCUUCAUGACAAUGUCACCGGACAUUCCCUUCGCGCAGGUGGUGCCACUUUCUUCGCAGCAGCAGGCUGGCCAGACAACAGGAUUCAAGCUCUAGGCUGCUGGUCCUCAGAGGCCUUCAAGAUAUACAUUCGUAAGAAUCCUGUUGUCUUACAAGCUCUCCUGCAUGGCCGAAUUCUCUCCUCUCACACUCCCACAUUCGCUCGUGUAUGA